CACAAUUACAUUCAGUUUUCACCACGGAGCCAGGACGGUUCCAAGGAAAACGAAAUUGUAGUCAGAACCAUGAAGCUCCUGGUGGUGUUAGCAGUAUGCGCUGUGGCCGCAGCGAAUAGUGACGAAGACGUCUUCCGAUCAGUGAUGGGAGUGCUGAAAACUUGCUCCGAUGACAACGUCGCAUUGUGUCUCAAGGAAAAAGCUUUGCGAUACGUGGAAAAUGUCUCGAAUUCUCGAGAACUCAACUUAAUCGAUGGCGUCAGUCUGAUCGGUCAAGGCUCCCCUAGAUCAGCCAGGUCCUUCGAGCCUUUACCCGACGAGCCCAGAGCCAGGGAGAAUCAAGUAGACCUCAGACUUUUGGACGGAGUUGCCGAUUUCUUGGAGAACUUUGUCAUUCAGAUACGUCUGCCGAAGGGUGCCAUUGAAUCUGCGAAGCGAUCCUUGGAAGAAGGUCGCGGUAAGAAGAAGAAGUUGAAGCAACUCCUGCCCAUACUGGCACUCCUGCAACUGAAGAUCCAGUCCCUCAUCCCCGUCUUCCUCGGAAUCAUUGCCUUUGCCGCCGUCAAGGGUCUUAUGUUAGCUAAAGCAGCGCUCUUGGCUUCCGGUUUAAUACUCCUCAAGAAACUGCUUUCCAAAAACGACCAUCACGAGAGCUAUGAGGUCGUGGCGCAUCCCCACCAUGAAGAGCACUUCAGCCACAGUAGCGGUGGCGGUGGAGGCGGCCACGGAGGCUGGGGAAGGUCUGCCCCAGAUGCCCAGAACUUGGCCUAUAAUGCCUACUUACACUAAAACCUAACAGCUGUCUCGCUCACACGUGUGAAGCUUCAACUGUGUGAGCAGGACACCGUUUUUUGGAGCGUCGUAUUUACCUCAUGUCGGAAAAAAUAAUUUAUUUAAUUUAUUUAAAUUAUUUAUUUUAAUUAAGUGAAAGUUUAGCGUUUCUCUUUGGUUUGUUUCGAUGCGUCGCCCGCACCGCUAUGUAUAGUACUUUAAAUUCUACAUUGUACCUGUUUUGUUAUUAUCAUUAAUAUAAUCUAUGUAGACAAUCCAUUACAUUAGUAUUCAUUUAAAAA